AUGGGUAGACCUGGACAACCUAGCUUUAUGUGGCGAGCGGCAUCGUCACUAGCCGGUGGACUUCUCACGAUCGUUACCCUGGGAUACGCAAAUCGUGGAUCCGGGUCUGCCACAACACAAACGGAACAAGAAACCAAUAAAUCGAAUGCCACUCAAACUUCAGAUCUGGCUACAUCCGAGCCCCUAGUUCGUCCCGGUCAAGGAUGUUACGUUUUGGCCGAGCAAAGUGCUCUGCUCCUGCUGGUUUUAACGACACAAGCCGGUUCCAUAAGCAAGUGCACCACUUUACCCCAGGAAUUGGGUCUAGAAUCUGAGACACCUACGCUGAAUCCGUACCGUAUGGCUCUGUUCUCUCUGAAGGACGAUAAAGUUCAAGCAUCUCAACAAAGCGGAAGCACACCGGAACCAAACACUAGAGGUGUGCCCAAGUCUCAGCCCGGUGGCGCUAUGUUGCGUGGAAUUGUGUCGACAGAAAAUCCGGAGGUUGACGCAUUUCCCGUCGAUUUCACAGCGUUCCGUGACACAGCUGCAAGGACCAUGCAUCAGGACAGUAGUGCAUUAUUGUUGUACUUGCUGGUUCAUCGAAACACUCACUUCCAAGCGUUUCUACUGCAAAAUCAGAACUACGAGAAACUGUUAUUGCCGCUGCUCAAUGUGCUAUAUCGUUCCCCAGCAGACAGUUCCCAUUUGGUCUACAUGGCCCUCAUUAUCAUUUUGAUUCUCACGGAAAACGAAAAAUUCGGUCAAGAAAUUCAUAAUUCGCUCAUCAACUGGGUUGACUGGUCCCCCAGUCGUCGUCUCACAUCCAUCUCCCGUGGAAGUCUAAUCAUCUUAGUCCUGAUACGAACAAUCCGGUAUCAUUUGAACCAACUCAAGGACAAAUAUCUUCAUGUGAAUAUUCUUGCUGCUCUGGCCAAUCUGUCAGCCAAAGUAAAAAAUUUGCAUCCACAUGUGAGCGAUUCUUUCCUGUGGUAA